CGAGCGUGACGGGGAGGGCGGGAGCGAGCGGAGCCCGCAGCGAGCAGCGACCGGGCCGCCGCCGCCUCCGCCUGCGCAGCGCCCGCACCGACCCCGCAGCGCCAUGGCGGCCGCGGCCGCCGAGCCCAGCACCGGCCGCUACCAGCAGCUGCAGAAUGAAGAGGAGCCGGGCGAGGCCGUGCCGGUGGUGAACGACGCCCCUCCGCCCUACAGCAGCAUUUCUGCAGAGAACACAGCUUACUUUGACUACAAGGAUGAGUCAGGGUUCCCGAAGCCGCCGUCCUACAACGUGGCCACCACUCUGCCCAGCUACGACGAGGCCGAGAGGAGCAAGGCUGAGGCCACCAUUCCCCUGGUUCCUGGCAGGGAUGAUGACUUUGUGACACGGGAUGACUUUGAUGACACUGACCAGCUGAGGAUAGGAAAUGAUGGCAUUUUCAUGCUGACUUUCUUCAUGGCAUUCCUCUUCAACUGGAUUGGAUUUUUCCUGUCUUUCUGUCUGACUACUUCAGCUGCAGGACGAUAUGGGGCCAUUUCUGGCUUUGGUCUGUCUCUUAUUAAGUGGAUCCUUAUUGUCAGGUUCUCCACCUAUUUUCCUGGUUACUUCGAUGGCCAGUACUGGCUUUGGUGGGUCUUCCUUGUACUAGGUUUUCUGCUGUUUCUCAGAGGAUUUAUUAAUUAUGCAAAGGUUAGGAAGAUGCCAGAUACGUUUUCCACUCUUCCCAGAACCAGAGUUCUCUUUAUUUACUAAAGAUGUUUUCUGGCAAAUGUCUUCCUGCAUUAGAGAAAUCCCCCCCAAGAAGCAGCAGGACACCUGCAGGAAGUGAAUCAAGGCUCUGGAGCAGAAGAAAAAAUAAUCACCUGCUUUAAAAUAAAUAAAUAAAAGUACUGUUGGAAAAAGAAAAAAAAAAAAGGAGAAGCAUUUCUUUCGAUUUGUUUUUAGGUGUAAAAUUUUAAUAAUUAACGCAGAAUUCUGUAAUUGUUGACUCAUUAGUGGCUAAUGUUUGAAGCAGCUCUUGCAGUGAGUCUGUGGUGUGCUGAUGGAGCCCUUCAGGCAGAGUUUGUGGUGUUUGGGCAGCAGGAGCCGUCCCGGGGCCAGCAGGGGCCAGGCUUGCUUUAGUUCCUCUGCAGCCUGGGAGCUGCCCGGGCUCUGCCUGUGCUGGGCUGUGUGUGACACCGUCCUGGGCUGUGUGUGACACCGUCCUGGGCUGUGUGUGACACUGUCCUGGGCUGUGUGUGACACCGUCCUGGGCUGUGUGUGACACUGUCCUGGAAUGUGUGUGACACCGUCCUGGGCUGUGUGUGACACCGUCCUGGGCUGUGUGUGACACCCUGGGCUGUGUGUGACACCGUCCUGGACUCUGUGUGACACCGUCCUGUGCUGUGUGUGACACCAUCCUGAACUGUGUGUGACACUGUCCUGGACUCUGUGUGACACCGUCCUGGGCUGUGUGUGACACCGUCCUGGGCUGUGUGUGACACCGUCCUGGGCUGUGUGUGACACUGUCCUGGGCUGUGUGUGACACCGUCCUGGGCUGUGUGUGACACCAUGUGCAGUGUGUGACACUCUGUGUUUUGCAGUGUGUGACACUGUCCUGGGCUGUGUGUGACACC